AUGUGUGACAAUACACAAUUUUUGAUAACUUUAUUAUUUGAUAACUUAUUUCCACCUGUAUUCAUAGAUAAGGGUGAAUCCCAAUCAAAAGUUGAUGUAACAACAUUGCUGGUGGGCAUUAUCUCCGCUGGAGUCUUUAUUGUUAUAGUUGGCCUCGUUAUCUGGUACUUCUGCCAGGGGAGGAAUAAAGACCAUGGCUUCCGGGGCUCCAUCAGACGCCGAUCCACCCGAAGCAAUGCCUCUGUGAUAAUCCGGAGACUGGAGGAGGUCUCUCUGCAUCCUAUUCCUCACACAGGCUCAGAUUCCAGCCCAGAUGCUCAUGGUUUACCUUCUUAUGAACAGGCUAUUGCCAUCCGUGGACCACAUGAUGCUCCACCUCCGCCGUAUCCUGGUUCCAAGCCAGGCAGCAUCCGACGAUAACCAUAUCAUCAUUUGCCAAACUGAAUCAGGAUGGACUAAACCAAUUGUUUUUUUGUUGUUGUUUUGACUAUGAACUGAAAAUGUGUUAAACCAAAGGCAUUCGGAUGUAACUCCUUGGAAUAUACCACUAAUAUAAAUAUUAGAACAUUCGGUACUGCAUUGCAGCUUUUAGUCUUGUUAGGCAAUGAAUUAAAACAUUUCUGGAUAGUGUAGAUAGUUAGAGCAACCUAGAAAGAUAGACUUUAAAACCUAAUCAACAUUUGUAUUCUUUUUAAAGUUUAUUUAA